GAAACUCGAAUCCACAGCGCGGAGCUUCGAGAUGGGAUUCAUGGAGGACUUCCAAGCCAGUUUAGAAUCCCUCCCAGCGAUGCUGCAACGUAACUACAGCAUGAUGCGGGAUCUUGAUAAAAGUUUUCAAGGAGUACAACGGCAAAAUGAACAGCGUUGUGAACAAGAAAUGGAGAACAUCAAGCGGGGAGUUGAAUCUGGUAACAUUACUCCUGAUUCAUCACUCAUCAGGUUCUCUGAUGAGGCUCUUGAGGAGCAAAAGCACUGCAUCAGAAUUGCUGAUGAAAAAGUGGCAUUGGCUGUACAAGCAUAUGACAUAGUUGAUGCUCACAUCCAACAACUUGACCAAUACAUGAGGAAACUUGAAGAGAUUCGGAAAGGUUUUCUCUUUCAUAGUUUCUUCCGGAAUUUUUUUAUGAAAUUUGUUCCAUUUCCCAUCAAUCUCUGGUUAAUUCUUCUGAUGAUUUACUGUAUACUGAAAAAUACCACCAGAUCCGGAAGGAUAAGCGAAAGUAGCCGAGGAGGCCGUAAAAAAACACGGUUAGCGGCGGCAGCAGCAGUAGAACCGAUAAGCAUGGAUUUAGAGCUGCCAGUUGAUCCAAACGAACCUACAUAUUGUUUCUGCAACCAAGUUAGCUUCGGAGAGAUGGUUGCUUGUGACAAUCCAGAUUGCAAGAUAGAGUGGUUCCACUUCGGUUGUGUCGGUCUGAAAGAACAUCCAAAGGGAAAAUGGUACUGCUCCAAUUGUUCCGGAAUGCAGAAACGCCGAAAAGGGAAGUGAAUGAUACUAAACUCAAGAUCGAAGCUGAGCAACAUCGAAAACAAAAAACACGCAGCCAUUCAACGACAUGAGCAAGAAGUGAAGAGCUUCAGUCCAUCGUGCCGUCAUCAGCAGACCAGCAGAGCAUGAUGUUGGAAACAUGAAUUGAAGAACAGCUCAAAAGUUUCUUAUGAAUACAGGAUGGCUUUGUGUUCCACAUGCUCUAUUCCAAAUAUAUCUUUUUUUUCCCCUUUUUUUUUUUCUUUUUUUUAAGGAAAAAAAAGAAGUUAGUUCUGUCAUGUUGCUUGUUGUAUGAUAACUGAUGGUACAUUGUGAAAUUUUCAGUAACUCAAACUUUCACUCUGUUUCUUUGGGUGAAACAAAUUGAUCAA